CACCGCGACUGCAAGAACACGCGAAGUACUUACAAACUUUCAUCUUCAUUUGCAAUUGAUCGUCGAAUCGGUGCGCGCUCGCGUUCGUAAUGUAUCUAAGGAAUCCUUCUUCCUUUCGGUUUCUGUAUGCUUCUCCUUCUGUGUAUGAUCUGGACGACCAGGAAUGUUCGUCCGUUUACCUCUUCACUCUGCCCAACAACCCUAGGAAUUUGUACGUAAGAAUUGAGAAGAGAUGGAUCUUAUGUGUAAAGUCCAAGAGCAUAAUCCCCCCUGUGCUUGUGAGAUCGAAGAAUACACAGUAGGUACAUCCAUGAAGAAAGGUCUAACCACUAUUUCUUGCUUCCACGUAAAACUACUCAUCAACGUAAAUUUGCAGUAUAUAAUUUAGAAUGUCGGAACUCUCAUUGUAAGCAUUUGACUCGUUCAUUACUAAUCCAACUGUUCCAAGAUGAUCGAUGAAUUUCAGCAGAGCUUCACGUAGCAGAAGUAAGCGCUUCAAAUAUAUGUUUACACGAAACGUAGAAUUCUUGAAAACGCGUCGUCAUCAGAAGUGUAAAAAUUAUCAUCCACAACAAGAUUUCAACCCACAACGGUCGCUAAAAUUUUACUCUCAGAGACAAGUUUUGAUAUAUUCGUAGGUCUAGUAAAUAUUUGCUUAGCAACAUCAAUUAGAACAAGAACAUCCGGCUUCCUAAAUUAGUGGUACUGAUCCAUUCUAAAGUGACAUUUUAUCUAUGAGCUUUGAUCAAGGCAUAAAAAAAAGGAAACACAACACAAAAAAAUGGAAGACGCGCCAAUAUUGACUCCCUCACUUUGAUGCUGGUAAGAAAAUAGUAAUAAAUCGCACUCGAUAUUAUAUGAAUGCGCUAACACCCGAGUUUCUUAAUAUGUCAAGUAAAGCCUGCUCCUGAAGAAGCAUUUCUCAAUUACGUACUCCGAUUGGUGAAAAACAUCUUUGUCUCAUGUAUUGUAUUCCAUCUUAGUCGCCACCAACAGUACCCGAGCAGAAAGAAAUCGCACACUUGCGCCCUUCAAGGAACAAGCCGAUUGAGUAGAGCGGCGUGCCCUGCAACGUAGCUAGAGGUUUGCGGUAGCGAGAACUGCAGUAGAUAGUAGGAAACACGUAGUAGACCAAACACGAAAAAGACGACCAUAAGACCACAUCAUCUAUUAUUCGAACACGUCUUCAGUGACCAUAACAUUCCAGCACCAGAAGACUUGCAGUGAUCUCCUGGCAGAAGGAGAGUUUCCGGCAAAAUGGCGAGCAUCUUACAGGAUUUGGCUGUCGAUGUAUUCGGCAUGGCGGGGCAGAAGCGUGCGGGAGCGUUGAAAGACGAGACCGGGGAGGACAUAUACAAAGCGAUUUUUGAUUCAGGCUCGUUUGGGAAGGAAAGAAGGUUCUCGCUUUAAACAAAUUUACUAAUCUAUUUGAUUCUUUGAAUAUGUUUUUUUAUUUUACCUCGUUUUGUGAGUGCAUCUGGUGAGUUGAUAUCGUGUGAUCAGCUUUUCCAUACUUUCCAGAGGGACAGCGGAUCCUUGAUUCUGUUCCGAAUUGUUGAUGGAGUAUUCGAUUAACUUUCGUCGACUUCACUGCAGGUUUCAUGGAGACCUCAAUCAUGCGGCGCUGUCGUCGCCGUUUGCCCGGACGAGCUUUUAUGGCGGAAAAUAUAAGCACGCGCAUGAGAAGUAUGAAUUCAACGUAGACGGAUCCGACCUGCAAGUGAGUCAGCAUCGGAAAGAGCCGUACUAUUGUUGACUCGUGCUUUUGUCAUUUUCGCGUCUUGUUGACAAAAUGAAUAUUUCGGCUUCUGCAGCGUUCACCCGAUUAGAAAGUGUAAUAGACGGAUGACACGCAUGGAAUUUAAUCGAUAAGAUGAUGAAUGGCAACGCAUGCGUGUAGUGCUCCCUGAUCCUUGCAGCAACUUGAGAGACUGCGACACACAUGAAAAACAUGCAAAACCUAACGGCCUCGCUCGGUGCGUCACACUCGGGAAACCCUGGCGAGGGACUUGGCUGAUAUUUCCCAGCAAGCAGCCUCGCCGAGGCAGGGACUGGGGGACUUUUACAGAAUGGCUCGCCGCGCGUUAAAGUCCAGGCCCUUGGAAUAUUUGGGAGCGGUCCGUGCGAGAUGGACGCCAAGGCCGUCCCCAAGCGCUUCCGCGUGGCUGUUUGCCAAAUGCGCGCGCCGCCCUUUCGGGUGGGAGGGUCGGCCGUUCUCGCAAGGGUCGGCUAUGCCGUUUCUUGUGCGAGUUUUGUUUGCGGUCUUCUUCCUUUUGCUGUCUCUGUGGGCGACUCUGUGAGGCGCUCGAGACCAGGCGGGAGCUUGUUGGCUUUUCUGCUCUUGCUUGGUUUUUGCCGGGUGGGUUGUCCACUCGCGGGAACGCUGCCAGAAGCCGACUAGAAACCGGACCGCCAAAAUUUGAAAAAACAACAAGCCAAAACUUGGGCUCUUGUUUCUACUUAUUUGAGGCGUAUCCGGGGCUAAUAGCUCAGUGGCCUGCUGUUUAUGGGCGCGGGCUCUGUGCGUGCGGCUGAAAAAGUUGACUCACCUCGUGAACCCUUAAAACGUAAGCCCGACCGGCUUGAGCUGAAACAUGAAAAGAAUGAGAGGGCGCGCAUGUUGUUGCUGUUCAGUCAUGUGGCUGAUCUGGUUCGCCUUGUUGACCUUCUUCUGUUCUGAGCUUGAUCAGGAUUAUGGCCUUGGCCUUCUUGCUCAUCAUUUUCAUCACCAUGAGACUCAAAAAAGUGCCAAGCUAUUAGGCUCAUGGAGUUUGCGGCCUUCACACUCAGGAACCUAGGAAUGCAUAGACGCCGGGGGCCUUCUGGCCAUACCAAUCGCCAGCAACAUGCACCACAGUCAGGAGCAGUCCGGCUGGCUUUUCUUUGGCUUUCAUGUUUUGACUUUGCUUGACCGUUAACAAUUGAGGUUCAUACAACAAAGCCAGCCACUCUUAGAGCAGACUCCGCCACUCUAGACUCUAGUCGGGUCCCUUCGUGUUUUUUUUCCUCCCUCAGGAUUCACUUUAGCCACGGGUCUAGAAGAUAUGAGGGAGCGGCAUCAUUUUGCAUCAAUCCAGAGUGUCUGGUUUUCAUCUGGCAUGGAGAUGAAUGGACUCCGUUUGGUCUCGGUCAAAAUCAAAGAAAUUUGGGAUGAUCCUCGUCAGAAAUGUAGAAGUAUGGACUGAUUCAACAGGAUUACGUGAUUUCUCGAUCCACAUCAAUGUCUUUGAAACUCAAUCCUCAGGAUCACGAUGGUAAUGAAGCGCGGGGGCGGUAGAAGCGACAACUCUUCGAGCAGAGGUGGUGUUCUAAUGCGAUUCCAUCACACGGGGAAGUCUAGUUUUGCGGGCUGGUUGCCGUGGACGCUGUGGGGCACCACAAAAAACGCCAAUGAUAGCACCGCGAAUUCUGGCCAAGUAGGGCAAGAAGAACAGCAAACGGAGUCACGGUUGACGCCGUUCAGAAAAUAUGCUUCAGAUCAAUGGGAGCAAGCAAAGAGAAAGGUAGGUAAAACAUUCGAAGAGGUCACGGCAAAUCCAGCAGUUCAGCUUGAUCCGGCAUUUCUGGAGAAUAAUGCGAGAUAUUGGAAAUGUGACAACUUGUGUUCAUGCAUCACAGGACGACAAGCAGAUUCGGCAGGCGGUGUCGGAGUACCCUCCUCGGCAUCCGAAGUGCCUGAAGAUGGACGCAACUCAGACGCAAGUCCCCAAGCGCCUAGAUUUGCCGUGAACGAGAACUACAGAUGUGAGCCGAUCAAGAACUCACCAUUCAACACGCGAGUUGGGGGUACCUGCAAGGAUCCAGCUACAGGCAAAUUUGUACCCGAGACAGAAUGUCAAUUUGUGUGCGGUAAAAAUGGAGUGGAAUGCUCGUGCGCAUCCGGGGAUGACAGUGAAGAAACUUCCAAUGUGAAGACAGACGCCAGCGUGGAUUGCACGGGCAUGCUGGUUGGCGAGCAAUGUACCGACUGUCUAGAUGUUCCCCUUGUCAUUUAUUUCCUAUAGCUGCAACAACGUGAUUACACUUCUCGUCUUGAAAUAAAAUUUUCAUCAGAGUGACUUGUUAGGUACCGCUUGAAUAUAGCGAUUUGAUUAAGUACACUUUGUGGACUAAAGAAUAGCAAUGUUUUUGCUCCCGAGAGACUCUCGUCUGGACAGCGUCGAAAAAUGUAGGAAGACGCAGACGAGUAGUUGCCUCGCUUACCUGCGAAGUACUAUCGUUCCAAUGAACAUGCGAAUAGAGCAAUGAUAGUAUCCGUCCGCGCCAGGACUCUAACAGAGGAGGACACCACUGAGGGUCAGUAGAGUUUGGACGCACUCGGUGGAUGGUCGUGAUGUAACAAUUUUACCGCAUAUAACACUUCACUCAGGUGGUAGCCUUGCAAAAGAAGGGACGCGCUGCCUCAUGAAAGUAAAGGACUGUCAGAUCUACGAUAAUAUCGCAGAUAUCGGCAAUGGGACAUACAUAGCAGACACGGAGCGCAAGUGCGACAACCGGCGCGUCAAUAGAAUGCUCGGCGGCAAGUCCUCCGGUUUGCAAGGAGAGAGAUGCGUUUCGCCGAGAGGGAAGAAACAAGGGCGUUCACCCGUAGUAAAAGCUAAUGAUGAGAAACGCUGGGCGUACUGCUCUCAACUAUAAGUAGGAGCGGUCGAUGCAAGUAAUGCUCCAGUCGGGAUGUACCAGUGGGGAAUCAAUAAAGACGUCGCGGGCAUCCGGACUGCCAUCUCGGACGCGAACAAUCCGGCUGCUGACUUGGAGAGCGGAGAUGGCGGCACUUGGAGAGAACCUCACCCGUGAGUACGAGCGUGCGCCAAUUUACAAUCAUUUCCAACUAGCAUACGAAAAGAACUGAGUGCCGGGGGCUGUUGGCCACGUGUAAAUGGGUAAUCUAGUUGUUGUCAACUAGACCGAGCAAAAGAAUGAAUCUCGAAAGAGAUCAGACAGAGAUCAGACGAAUCGCUCCCGAAGUGGAACGAUGGCAAAGCAUUUUCGUGGGUAAAACAAAACCUACGAGGUUCGUCAGUUUUGUACGACGUGCAGGCUGUUCAAAAGAUUCGGAAAUCAUGCGAAGAAACCGACGGCGCACCAUCGUCGGGCUUGGGUCUCUCGCUCUUGUUUCUUCGUUGCACGACUUCAGCAAAGCCUAAAAGUCAGCUUCUAUCUUUACUGCUUUUCCCUCGCUUUCCCUUACUUUCUCUUUCUUACUUCGUUCAAAAACAGCUACAAAAUACCUACAGACUUCAACAGGCUGGCUGAGUAUGGCGCUGCGGCUCUACUUCUUUCGUUCAGGUUCUCCGUGACGGCUCAAAGACUCGCACG